CAAAAACCUUUGAUUAGGGUUUUAGUCUUCUUCUUCACAACUUAGUUGCCGCUUCGAUUUCUAAGGGUUUAUCGUCAUCUAAUUGAAAAUGGGUUUCUGGGGACUUGAAGUGAAACCUGGGAAACCUCAACCUUAUCAUCCUAAAAAUGAACAAGGAAAGAUUCACGUCACCCAGGCAACUUUAGGUGCGGGUUUGAGCAAAGAGAAGAGUGUGAUUCAGUGUUCUAUUGGAGACAAGACCCCUAUUUUGUUGUGUUCACUGUUGCCAAACAAAAUCGAAUGCUGCACUCUGAAUCUCGAGUUUGACGAUGAUGAUGAGCCUGUUGAAUUCUCUGUGACUGGUGACAGAAGCAUCCACCUGUCUGGAUUCUUGGAGUAUUAUGAGCAGGAGGAUGAAGAUGAUUAUGAGCAGGAUGAAGAUGAUUCAGAUGGUAUUGAAAUUGGUGAAUCUGAGUCUGAUGACUCGUGUGAAUAUGAUAGUGAAGACGAGGAUCAUUUGGAUGAAUUUGAAGACUUCCUUGAUAGCAAUCUUGAAAUGUAUCGGAAUGCUUCUAUCCCAAAGAGCGGAGUUGUAAUUGAGGAGAUAGAAGAUGAAGAGAAACCUGCCAAAGAUAAUAAGGCAAAACGAACCAAGAAGAAGAGUCAAACUAGCGAAGAUGAGAAUGCAAAGAAACAAAUCGUCACCAUAGAGAGUGCCCAUGUUCCAGUUCUUGGAAGCGAAGAUGAAGAUGAAGAUGGCUUACCUAUUCACAAAGGAGAAGCAUCUGAACCAGUGAAUAAGUCAUGUGAGAAGAUGGACUUAGAUAAUGAAGAAAAAGGUAGCAACAAAAAAAGGAAGGCCAAGGCUGCUGAGCAAGAUGGAGGACAAGAAAGUGUAAACAAGAGCAAAAAGAAGAAAAAUAAAAAAGAACAGAAGAAAGGGGAAAAUGCUUCAAAAGAGGAAGCUGAUGAACAAGUUCAGACGGGAAAUGUGCUGAAUGGAACUGUAGACAAUGCCAUGGAUGAAAGCUCCAAGACCCCAUCUAAAUCUGCUGAGAAGAAAAACAAAAAGAACAAAAAGAAGUCAAGUGAGGAAGCUACUGUUGAGAGUAAAGCCAUUUCGAGUAGUGCUGAGAAGCAAACCAAAGUGGACUCCAAGCCGUCUCAAGUACGGACACACCCAAAUGGGCUCGUUAUUGAAGAGUUGAGCAUGGGCAAACCCAACGGCAAGAGAGCUGAUCCUGGAAAAACGGUUACCGUCCGCUAUAUUGGAAAGCUUCUAAAGAAUGCGAAGAUUUUCGAUUCCAACAUUGGAAAAGCACCUUUUAAGUUCCGUCUAGGUGUUGGACAAGUCAUUAAGGGAUGGGAUGUCGGCGUUAAUGGCAUGCGUGUUGGUGACAAAAGAAAGCUUACAAUUCCUCCAUCAAUGGGGUAUGGUGCUCAGGGUGCUGGUCGCCAGAUUCCUCCUAACUCUUGGCUGACGUUUGAUGUCGAACUGAUUAGUGUUCAGUAAGACUUCGCUGAGGUCAUAGAAACCUUUCAAACAUUGAAAGUCUAUCUAUGAAGGGGGACUUAUGAAUGGUGUUGUAGCUUCCAAAAAAUUGAAUCUUUCCUCCCUUAACUCUCUUGAAUCUUAAAAAAUGAUUUGUGGUUCCCAUCAGACAAUUAACAUUUGUUACAAGUUUUGUUUAAUGAUUCAUUGCUUCAUUGUUGACCUAUUUACAAUUGUGUAAAACCAAAAAUGGAAUCAUCCGAGA